AUGGGCGCCGUGUGGUCCGCCCUGCUGGUCGGAGGCGGUCUGGCUGGGGCGCUGCUGAUCUGGCUGCUGCGGGACAAGGGGAGGAAGGGGGACGCGGAGCGGGAGGAGGACGCCGCUCUGGGAGGCGAUCCGAGUGGCGGCAGCGGACUGAGCCCGGGACCUUCCCGGCGGGAGCCGAUCACCAAACCAGAGCUUCUUCAAGAAAGCAAUGGGUGUUUGGUCUCAGAGACCAAAGGCCCCAGCGGCAGCGUGCAGGAAGCAGUGUGGAGACUGCAGAGUUCCCCUGGAGAGCAUGCUCCUUUUGAAUGGCUUCCAGACACACAAUCUCUAUCCACAUCUGCGACCGGAGGCUAUGUAGGAGCAUCAGGCAAUGAAAGCCGUGAAUCCCCUAGAGGAGAAUGGGGAUUCCAAAAAGGACAAGAGCUACCUGCAAACGUAGCUCCAUGUUUUGCAGAGACAUUGCUUUCUAGCAGCCUGCUCGUGGACAGCGGUCAAGACGGCGUGGGCCUCGCCCAGCUGGACAGACAGGACUCGGAGGACUGGGAGAUGGUGUCCAGGCACUCGUCCUGGGGAGAUAUCGGUUUGGGUGGCAGUGUGGAGGCUCCCACGUUAAGCCCGAGCCAGGGGACAAACUCUGGCAGAAACCCUCUUGCGGAAGCGAGUGGCCAGGAAGUGGUGGUGAAGACAAAACGGGCGGUAGUGAUGACUUCAGAGCCUCCGCAAGUCAGUGUCAGGUUCCAGGUCCACUACAUCACGAGCACGAGGGUGCAGUUCGUGGCGGUCACUGGAGACCACGAGAGGCUCGGGAGGUGGAUCUCUUACCUCCCCCUGCAGUACAGCUCGGGGGGGCUCUGGUCCCGCUCCGUCUCCCUCCCGGCACAGACGGUGGUGCAGUGGAAGUUUGUGGUGGUGGAGAACGGGGAGAUCACUCGCUGGGAAGAGUGCAGCAAUAGGCGGCUGGAGAUCGGCCGUGAGGACGCCUUGGUUCACAAGUGCUGGGGGAUUCACUGA